AUGUAAACAAACAUGUUUGUCUGAGUGAUUGGCUGAACAAGAAGUAGAACUGAUUGGACUUGUAGGCUCUAAAGUUUUGCAUUGUUUGAAAGGGAGUGGUUGCUAUUUGUUGAAUAGGUUGGAAGCAACAGAAAAACACCAACGAUUAUAGCAUCAUGUAUUUUGCACAAUAUUUGUGACAGUAAAGGAGAAAGCCUUAGCGUUGAGUGGGAGGCUGAGGUGCAGAGACUUGCUCCGUGAUUUGAGCAACCAGCAAAGCAUCCAAUACAAAAUGCAAACAGCCAGGACCGUAUUAUCAAGGAUGCCUGUUGCUCUUAUUUUGAGGCUCAGGCCUGAAUUGUGCAGCUGUACAUCCAGCUAUUUACUCCUGGAGAGGAGGGGGGUUUGAAGCCUUUUGAUGAGUUCAGUGUAGUUUAUGGGUGGUGGAAGUGCAACAGAGCCAGCAGUCCCUGUUGCACCUAGUGUCUUUGCCUGAAUGUGUUUGUAAAGCCCUAUUAAUUAGUGCAAACAUAAUUUUCUGUGUAAAAUGAACUGUCAUCAACUCCAUAGGAAUGUUUGAUAUUUUAAAAGGUUAUUAAUCUGUUAUGUAACAUGCAGAAGUGAACAUUAAGCCGAAACAAAGCUUAAAAACAGCUUUUAAUUGUGACACAAUAUAUUAAACAGCAAUCUAUUAUCUAACUACAAAGAACCCUUUCAUUAUAUCACCAGUGAAACAAAACAGUCAAGUGCAACAGUGCAAUGCAGGGCACAACACAAGUGGGAAGGGGGUUACAUUUACAGGCGAGUGCAUGUCUUUGCUCAACCUCUUCUGGUUUGUGGGCCUUCUGGUGUGGCAUGCCGAGGUUUGAAGUUACAAGGGGCAAGAGAGGGCUCAAAUGAGCCGGGGUCCUAAUUGCCCCAAGUUGUUCUCAGUGCCCUCAGCUUGGGUCUGAGAGGGGAAUGGCCUGGGAGUACUGCUGUGGGGUUACACCAGGGAGGUGUGUACUCUUGUUCCUUGUAGCCUGUAUUGUUCAGGGGCUGCAUAAUAUGGCUGGGACUGGUUUGCACUACUGUAUUGCUGACUGCCCUAAUAGUUAAAUGCUGCAAUAGAGCAUUUUGGGUUUGUGUUGUCCCCAGGAGUUGCCUCUGCAUCUCCCUCUUUCUAUAAUGUUUUUGCUGCAGUGCUUUCCUUGGCAACUGCCACGCUGUCCUUUGCCACUGCAACAAUCUCUCAGUCCUUAGAUGCUGCUUCCAACUCCCUGCAUUUGGGGUUUUUUUUUGGGGGGGGGGCUCUGUAAUGAUGCCACAAACCUUUUAUCACAAGCUUUCUCCCCCUCCGGUUUGUCAGCCGUUCUGCUCUUGAUAAGGGCCCUGUCCUUGAAUCUGUCCCAUGCAGAUGUAAUUGCUGUGCGGGUAUUUUAAAAGAAGAAAAAAAGGGGGGCGGCAGUUACUGUUUCUAGUCUAGGGCGGCUCUGAUCACUUUUUUUUUUUUACAUGCAUUUCUGCCUUUACGUCCUUGAGGUUCUUCCAUCCCAAGGAUUCCCCGAGACUGGGUAAGUGAUGUGUGCUGUGGGUUUGUUGUCUGUGCUUCAUAUGUUGUGUGGUUGGGGCAGGGAUAGAGUUGGAAAUUGUGUUCCUGGUCUGGCUUUGCAGCUUUGCUGUGUGUUGGAUGUGCUUUUGUGGUUUUGGAGGGGUUAGUGGGCUGAAUCUGGGGUGAGAUGGAUAAUAAUCACCUCUACAUCCCCUUUAGGUUGUACUGACUCUGGAUGACGUUACACUGAGGCGGGUGCCUAGGAGCUGGUUGGAGGUGGAUGACAGAUGGAAAGUAUCUAAAAGCAAUUGGCACAGGAUCUUGGCUUUGUACUCUUAACUGUCUCAAAGGGUGAGUUUUAUGACAUUGGGAAACAGCACAUUUCAGCUGAGAUCGGAGCUGUGACAUUGAUCUAAAGAAAUACUGCAGACCCAUCUAGCAGUCGGAGUAUGGCUAUGAACAAUGGCAAUAAUGAUUUUGUAGUCCUGAGUAAUGGCAGCAUCUUCUCCAGUGCUACUGGUCCCAGCAUCCUUUCAGCUACUGAUGGAGCCCAACACCUCCCCUCCAAGGAAGCACCAAGAGCAAAAGUGAGUCCAAAUGGAUGCCUGCAACUUAAUGGUACAAUCAAACCAUCCUUUCUGCCUUUAGACAACCAAAGAACUCAACAGAUGUUGACACAAUGCUGCCACCCUUGCCCAUACCAUCAUCCUUUAAGUAACCAUAAUAAACAGCAAGAAUGUCAUUCACUGGCUGGGAGCACAGCACCAUCUCCUAUGACUUCCUGCUCUCUGCAGCCACAUACUGAAUAUUCAACAUCUGUCUGCCAAAAACAUACACCUAUGUAUCAGACCACCUGCUGCCUUCAACACUCCCCAUCAUUCUGCCUUCAUCAUCAGUGGCCUGACCAUUUUCAACAUCAGUCUGUUCAACAACAUGUAGCCAGUGUAAGACCAGCCAGACCAUUCAAGUUACCAAAAAGUUAUGCAGCCCUGAUAGCUGACUGGCCUGUGGUGGUUCUAGGCAUGUGUACUGUGUUAAUAGUGGUGUGUGCAUUGGUUGGCAUAUUAGUUCCAGAUCUUCCAGAUUUCUCUGAUCCUCUGCUGGGUUUCGAGCCAAGAGGGACUGCAAUAGGCCAGAGAUUGGUCACAUGGAAUAAUAUGGUGAAAAACACAGGGUACAAAGCAACAUUGGCAAAUUAUCCUUUUAAAUAUGCAGAUGAACAAGCUAAAAGUCAUCAGGAUGACAGAUGGUCAGAUGAUCACUAUGAGAGAGAGAAAAGGCAAGCAGAUUGGAAUUUCCACAAAGACAGCUUUUUCUGCGAUAUUCCAAGUGAUCGAUACUCACGAGUGGUGUUUACUUCCACAGAAGGAGAGAACUUGUGGAACUUGCAUGCCAUUAAAUCAAUGUGCAAUGUAGAUAAUUUGAGGAUAAGAUCUCAUUCCCAAUUUGGUGAUCUCUGCCAGAGGACCACGGCUGCUUCCUGCUGUCCCAGCUGGACACUGGGCAACUAUAUUGCCAUUCUAAACAACAGAUCAUCAUGUCAAAAAAUUGUAGAACGAGAUGUUUCUCACACCCUAAAGCUGCUUCGCACAUGUGCCAAGUACUACUACAAUGGAACCCUGGGGCCAGAUUGCUGGGAUGUGGCAGCCAAAAGGAAGGACCAGCUCAAGUGUACAAAUGUGCCUCGUAAAUGUACAAAGUACAAUGCUGUUUACCAGAUUCUGCACUAUCUAGUGGACAAAGAUUUUCUAAGCCCAAAGACUGCUGACUACAUCUUGCCAGCUUUAAAGUACAGCAUGCUCUUCUCUCCAACAGAAAAAGGAGAAAGCAUGAUGAACAUUUACCUGGAUAAUUUUGAGAACUGGAACUCUUCUGAUGGUAUAACGACCAUCACGGGGAUUGAGUUUGGAAUAAAACAUAGUUUGUUUCAAGAUUACCUAUUAAUGGAUACUGUGUAUCCUGCCAUAGCCAUUGUCAUUGUUCUCUUAGUCAUGUGUGUGUACACGAAGUCCAUGUUUAUCACGCUGAUGACCAUGUUUGCAAUAAUUAGUUCCUUGAUUGUAUCUUACUUUCUUUAUCGUGUAGUAUUUAAUUUUGAGUUUUUCCCUUUUAUGAACCUCACUGCAUUAAUUAUUCUUGUUGGAAUUGGCGCAGAUGAUGCUUUUGUCCUGUGUGAUGUUUGGAACUACACAAAAUUUGAUAAAUCUCACGCUGAUACUUCUGAGACAGUCAGCAUCACCUUGCAACAUGCUGCUCUUUCCAUGUUUGUAACCAGUUUUACCACCGCGGCUGCCUUCUAUGCUAAUUACGUCAGCAAUAUUACAGCAAUCCGAUGUUUUGGUGUUUAUGCUGGCACUGCCAUAUUGGUGAAUUAUGUUUUAAUGGUAACAUGGUUACCAGCAGUAGUUGUGUUACAUGAACGGUAUCUUCUCAAUAUAUUCACUUGCUUCAAAAAACCUCAGCAGAGGGUCUAUAGCAGCAAAGGCUGCUGCACAGUGUUGUGCCAAGUGUGCCACAAGAUUAUUUUUGCAGUCUCAGAAGCAUCCAGGAUAUUUUUUGAAAAAGUCUUGCCAUGCAUUGUUAUCAAGUUUCGAUAUAUUUGGCUGUUCUGGUUCCUUGCUUUAACUGUAGGUGGAGCAUAUAUUGUAUGUGUUAAUCCAAAAAUGAAAUUACCAUCACUGGAGCUCUCUGAGUUUCAAGUGUUUAGGUCUUCUCAUCCUUUUGAACGCUAUGAUGCUGAGUACAAAAAGCUUUUUAUGUUUGAACGUGUCCACCAUGGAGAGGAACUCCACAUGCCAAUUACAGUAAUCUGGGGCAUCUCUCCUGAAGAUAAUGGAGAUCCUCUAAAUCCUAAAAGUAAAGGAAAGCUGAAACUAGACAGCAGUUUUAAUAUUGCAAGCCCAGCUUCACAGGUCUGGAUUUUACAUUUUUGCCAGAAGUUAAGAAAUCAAACAUUUUAUUACCAAACUGAAGAACAAGACUUUGCAAGCUGCUUUAUUGAGACAUUUAAGCAGUGGAUGGAAAAUCAGGACUGUGAUGAGCCAGCUCUUUAUCCUUGUUGCAGCCAUUGGAGGUUUCCAUACAAACAAGAAGUUUUCGAGUUAUGCAUCAAGAGGGCCAUCAUGGAGUUAGAAAGAAGCACUGGGUAUCAUUUGUACAGCAAAACCCCAGGGCCUCGCUUUGACAUAAACGAUACUAUCAGGGCUGUGGUACUGGAGUUCCAAAGCACCUAUCUCUUCACACUGGCUUAUGAGAAAAUGCAUCAGUUCUACAGAGAGGUGGAUUCAUGGAUUUCAAAUGAGCUUCGUUCUGCUCCUGAGGGUCUUGGUAAUGGAUGGUUUGUGAGUAAUUUAGAGUUCUAUGACCUCCAGGACAGUCUUUCUGAUGGUACUCUGAUUGCCAUGGGUCUUUCAGUUGCUGUUGCAUUUAGUGUAAUGCUACUUACAACUUGGAAUAUAAUUAUAAGCCUUUAUGCAAUAGUUUCAAUAGCUGGAACUAUAUUUGUCACUGUUGGUUCUCUGGUUCUUCUUGGAUGGGAGCUAAAUGUGUUAGAGUCUGUCACUAUUUCUGUAGCUGUUGGUUUAUCUGUGGACUUUGCUGUUCACUACGGAGUUGCUUACCGCUUAGCUCCUGAUCCAGACCGAGAAGGAAAAGUCAUCUUCUCUCUAAGCCGCAUGGGCUCUGCAAUUGCAAUGGCUGCGUUGACCACAUUUGUGGCUGGAGCAAUGAUGAUGCCUUCCACGGUCUUAGCAUACACCCAACUUGGCACUUUCAUGAUGCUUAUAAUGUGCAUUAGUUGGGCUUUUGCAACCUUCUUUUUCCAAUGCAUGUGCCGUUGCCUUGGACCUCAAGGCACUUGUGGCCAGAUUCCUCUUCCAAAAAAAUUGCAAUGCAAUGUCUUCUCCCAAGCUUUGUCAGGAAGCCAAGGAGACCGGGGACAAAAUAAAGCACAUUCUGCCAACACAUUUCAGUUGGAUUCCAGAGGGCAAAAAACAGAAAUGGAGCAGGAGCAUUAUGAGUUAGAGCCUCUGGCGUCACAAACCAGUAAUUGUAAUUCAUCAGAGAAAGUAGGUUAUGAAGAAACCCACAUCUGCUCAGAACUUUUCAAUGGCAGACCACCAAAUGCAUGCACGUCUGUGCAUUCAGCAUAUAACAGUGAAUUAAAUAAAAGCAUCAAAAAUGAAGCUGGUUCAACCCUGGUACAGCCAUGUGUUGACCAGCAUACCAUGUGCCCCCUCUCCUCUCAGAACAAGCAGUGUAGCUGUCCAGAUGCAUAUAGGCAGUUAAGUGACACUUUGUGCUACCAAUGUGCCCCGUCAUCUGGUAAUAUUGUGCAGAUCCAAAACUCUGUGCCUCCUGUAAAUGUUUUACAGCAAGCUGUUGAAAGCUAUAUUCCCCCAGUCCAACAUGUGCUCCAUUGCAGUUGUCUUCAGGGGAGACUGAAAAGACCCAUGAUGCAGAACUCUCUGCCUAGAAAUUUUUUUCUGCAUUCAAUACAGCAAUUUCAAACACAUGAAAGAAUAAACAGGAGAGAUGCAGCUAGUCCUCAGAAUACAGAGGAGAGUGUAAGAGCUCUUCCAAAGGUGACAAGCUCCUCACCGUUUAUCUGCAGAAGUGCUGGUGCUCUAAUAAAACCUUGUUCUGAAGCUGAAAAUAAUGUAUCAAGUAACCAAAAGGGACUCUGUAAAAACAGAGACAAGUGUGAUUUAAGGGGUACAGCAGUAAAUGGAAAUGAAGACAAGCAAGCUUCAGUAUCAAAGCAGAAGAAGAUAACUGAAAUUGAGAUAGAUCCGAAUUCAUCACAAACUGACCAACUUUUGAAGGCUGAUCAAAAUGAUCAGAAACACAUACUGAACAGUACAGUGAGAGAAGCUGAGUAUGAGUUUUGCCCUGAAAAUACACAAUAUCGUAACAGAACUAUAACAGUGAAGUGCAAUUCUGUUGACAGUCAAAUGCCAAACAUUGAAGCCAAUGUGCCUGCUCUGUUAACGCAUCCAGAACUUUCCAAUGAAAGUUUAAUAAAAACACUAUAAUAAAACUUA